AUGAGUGAUCCGGUUAAAGAUAAAGACAAACUUUAUCGUUUGAUUAUUGGUCAGCUACAGUUUGAUGGUUACAUUCAAGUCUCUAAAAAUCUAGCCCAACAAGCUAGACCGAGCCAGGGAGCAACUCCCAGCGAUCAGCUCAUGAAAAUUUUUCAAGCUGGUCUGCAGACUAUUGAGUUAGAAUCGCCGCCGGAGGAAAAGACUAAAUUGCAUACGGCGGAUGAUGCAGACGGGCUUGACUUGGAAUCGGAGCUUGUCGGAGGAGUCCUGAGUCCCGAUCCCAGUGUUUAUGAGACGUGCUAUGUCACUGCGCACAAAGGUGCCUGUAGGGCGGCAGCCUGGACGAAGGAUGGAUCUUAUGUUGCCACCGGCAGCGUUGACUCAAGCAUUAAAAUACUCGAUGUGGAGCGUAUGGUUGCGAAAGCAAGUUUACCGAUGGAUAUGGGAAAUCAAAGCGAUGCCUCUGCCGCUGUAGAUCAUCCAGUUAUAAGAACGCUGUACGAUCAUUUAGAAGAAGUAACCACUCUGGCAUUCCAUCCUUUCGAGCAGAAACUCAUCUCGGGAAGUAAAGAUUAUACGAUAAAGGUGUUUGACUGGUCAAGGAGCUCGGCAAAAAAGGCGCAGCACACUAUUCAAGAGGUAGAAUGGAUCAGAUGUUUGUCUCUUCAUCCAUCUGGAGAUUGGCUUGUCGUGGGCACCCAGCAUCCAACGAUUCGAUUUUAUGAUUUACAUACGACCUCUUGCUUCACAUCACCAGUUCAGAGGGAUCAUCAUAGGGGGCCAAUUACGACGAUACACCAUUCAACGGAUGCAAAGAUGUUUUGCUCAAGCAGCAAAGAUGGAACGAUAAAACUUUGGGAUGGCGUUAGUCACAGGUGUAUAGCUACGUGGGAGAGAGCUCAUGAAGGCUAUGAAGUUUGCAGUGUGCAAUUCACGAAGAAUGGAAAAUAUCUAUUGUCAAGUGGGAAAGAUUCGAUUUGCAGACUUUGGGAAAUCUCGACGGGGAGACCGAUUUUAACGUACACGGGCGCCGAAUUGUCAGGAAGAAACAUGCAUCGCUCGAAUGCUUGCUUCAACCACACAGAAGAGCACGUACUAUUCCCAUGCGAGAAAAACAUCUCGAUGUGCGCGUGGAACUCGAGGACUGCCGAUCGAGGAAAACUCUUGGCACUUGGUCACAACUCUAUCGCUCGAAUGAUCUCGCAUUCGCCCACUCAAAGUGCGUUCUUAUCAUGCUCCGAUGAUUUCCGUGCCAGAUUUUGGUACCACAAGACAACAAGUAUUUAG